CUCAUGCAAUCUAUGUAAUAUAAAGAGUCAGAUGCAUUCGUUUAGAAGAGCAUUAUUCAUCGCUUCGAUUCAACACGAUCAUGAAAGGACUGGUGAUUCUACUUCUCUCCAUUCUGGCAACAGUGUCUUCGUCUCAUAUGAGCAGAAGACCCCCAAGAAGAUUUCCUGUCGUUUUCCCACAGCAGACAGGCCAGGAAUCCGCCAGUUCUUUGGGUGGAGCGCAGGUGGGAGUCUUCAGCCACACUCGCAGACAGCCGACGCUCGCCAGAUUCCCCAUCUUGUUUGCAAGGGGAGACGAAUAUGCUUCCUCUCUGGUGGGACUCUACAACAGGGACAGUCGCCAAAGCAGAAGACUGGUCAGAGCAAGACUUCCCUCUCUUCGGCAGCCCGAUGAUUCUGAAUAUGCUGUAUCUUUGGGCGGUGCCGAUGUGGGGGCGUACAGAAAAGGUGGCAGAGGACAAGGAUCUGAUGUUUCGGGAAUUUCCUUAGGAAAAGCGCCUGUCGGUCUUUACGGAAGAGAAUAUUAAACGAAAGGGAGAAAGGAACAUCGCCAAAAUGGAGGAAGAGAAUCUGCAUUUGGAAUGUUGUUUUAUAAACUGAAUUUCAAUAAAUCUUGUACAUAAUAAAGUAUCAACUAUUAAAAUGAAUUCGGAACAUGAAUCAGACUAUAAAUACGUAUUUCCACUAAGAUGAAUGAUUAAAAAAAAUCGGAGGAUAUUGAUAUAAUUUAAAACAUCGCAGCAAGAUAAUGAUUAAGCUUUGAUUCAUCUGUCUUGUCUUCGAUUGAAAUGCUUGUAUCAACUGCUGCAUUCAGGAUAAUACCUUUACAUCAUCCAUUCCACAGAAAAAAAAUGCAAUAAAAAACACUAGCAUAUUAAAAAAAAUAUUUCAUAUUUUGAAAUAUGUUAAAGUAUUUUAGAUAUACAGAAAAAUCAAAUAUUUCAUUUUGUUUAAUAGAUAGAGAAUUUCAAAAAUCUUUAAAAAAUUUAUUAAAAUUAAUGAAAAAUACAGAGCCGAAAUAAAAAUAGAAUAAAAAUCACAGAAAGGCUAAAUUUUUAAUUUAAAGUGGUGAAAAAAAUAAUGUUAUAUUAUUAUAUCCUACCAAUUCAAUAAGAAAAAAUGUUAAAAUUUCAAUUGAUUUUAACUAAUAAAAUACCUGAUUAAAAUUUGAAAAAUACGUUUAUUAGAGAGAAUUUUCUACCAAGAAAUAAUUUCGAGAGAAAUUUAUCAACUCAAUUGGAAAUCACCAUUCCUUUUGAAAGAUUUGAAAGCUAUUCAUAUUCCAUAAUUAACAGAUAUAUUAGCAAUGACAUUAGCAUGACAGAUAUAUUAGCAUUAGCAAUGACAGAAAUUGAUUAAUUAUUGUUCUUUUUCAAUACCGAUAUCAAAAACAACAAAAAUGAAAG